AACAGACGCCAACAACCAUUAUUCGACACCCGCACAUGUUGGACACGCUGUUUGUUCCAUCGCGCUAUCUGCAACUAUAAAACGCGCAUCAUUGCCGACUCUUUUGUUGAGAAAGACCAACGUAUUCGCCCCCUAGUUGGGAAGCAGGAAAUCGGUGCUAGCUCCACUCCUGCACCGAGAAAAGUGAGCGUGACACCCGCGAGAAGACUAUUUUCCUGAACGGUGCCCUGCAGGCGGUGACCUGCAAAACUUACCUCAAGCUGGCGCUUCCACUUCCUGUCACUACUCCCACGAGAGGAGAAGGUGACACUUCUAUCAUGGGAAGACCUACAACCCAACGAGUCGCGGUAGCAGAAUGUCUAACGGACGAGGCACUCUCCCAUCUGAGGACGUACAAAUACUCGAGCGUCGAUAAAAGUCCGAUCAGCAAAUACAUUAUGCGGCAUUAUUGGAAUGCGUUUGUGGAGCUAUUACCACUUUGGCUCGCGCCGAAUCUAGUCACAUUGAUCGGCUUCUUCUUCAUACUUGGGAAUGUUGCUCUGAUGUGUUACUAUGUUCCCGACCUGGUUGGGCCGGUACGAGACAGACGUAUUCAAGAUUCCUUCGAGCAAGAACUGAGGUACAAUACAGGCACCAGGCUGGGUAUAUAUAAGCUUUGCGAUUGGCGUGUGGAUGUAUUCAACUAUGGACAACGUGGAUGGUAAACAAGCGCGACGAACUGGAACCUCUUCACCUCUUGGGGAAUUAUUCGACCAUGGUAUUGAUUCGCUCAACUGCACCCUCGCAAGUUUACUUGAAACCGCUGCUAUGAUGUUUGGAGCAACAAAGGUUGGUGCGUUCACGGCAUUGGUGCCUUGCUUGCCCAUGUUUUUCUCCACGUGGGAGACCUACCAUACACAUACUCUCUAUCUCGGUUAUUUCAACGGUCCAACUGAGGGUCUAAUAAUUGCUACCGCCAUGAUGCUAGUGUCCGGCAUUUACGGUCCGGAGAUAUGGCAAACUCCUCUUGCGCAACCAUUUCCUUUCUUACAGGCUUUCAUUGGCGAGAAAACUUCUGUCAGAGAUAUUUGGGUGCCGCUGAUACUGGGUGCAUUCUGCGUAGCACAUCUCCCUGCGUGUGUGUUCAAUGUUUGGUCCUCACGAAAAGCAAAAGGACUACCUAUGCUACCGCUCUUUCUGGAAUGGACACCUAUGGUUGUUUUCACAGCUUCGUGCAUCGCCUGGCUUGGCAGCGACAGUUCUCAUCUUUUGAAAGAGAAUCACCUGACUCUUUUUUGCCUAACAAUGUCGUUGGUCUUUGGUCGGAUGACCACAAAAAUCAUUCUGGCUCAUUUAACCCGCCAGCCUUUCCCUUAUUGGACGGUUCUUCUCACUCCGCUUGUCGGAGGUGCGAUCCUUGGUAAUCUCCCAAUGUUGGGCCUCCCGCAGAUUAGUCACAGUGCAGAGACGCUCUACCUGCAGGGCUAUUUCGUCUUUGCUGCUAUUGUGUAUGCGAGAUGGGCACAUCUAGUGAUCACAAGUAUAUGCGAGUAUCUUGGCAUCAACUGCUUGACCAUACCACUUGAGAAAAACAGUACUGACAGCGCGAACGGUGACAUGAAGCUCCCGUCGGGUGGAAUAAACAGACCUUCGGAGAAGCAUGAUUGAAAUUUUUACAUACCGGGUUUCAGAAAUUUGGGUUUUAGGCAUUGCCAUAUCUCACGUUUCAUAUUACAUAGCGCUACUGGGUUAGAUAGCAUUUAGAUUCAUGGCUAUAUUUAAAGCAGUUAAAAUAAGUAAGAUUCAUGAUCAACCUUAUAAGUUUAGAUUAGUCUAUUUUAUAACAUAGGUAAUUACAAGAGACCUUAGGAAUCUAUUCUCU